UGGGGCGGGCGGCAGGGCCAUGGCCGCCGCCGGGAGCGGGCCGAGGGCAGGCGGCCGGGAGCGGGGCCGGGCCGCAGCGGGCCGCAGAUUUUGCGUUCCCCUCGUGCUGGCUGCGCUCCCCGCCAUGGCUGCAGGGGAAGGGUUCCCCCCUGCCCUGCAGGACGCCUGGGGGGACUUCUGGCUCUUCCGUUUCUUCGUCAACGCUGCUGGCUACGCGAGUAUCGUGGUGCCAGGGUUCCUCCUCAUCCAGUACUUCAAGAGAAAGAACUACCUGGAGACAGGCCGAGGCAUUUGCUUCCCUGUCAUCAAGUCGUGUGUGUUCGGCUCCGAGGUGAAGUCCGCACACCCGGACGAUGGCUCCCUGCCGCCCCGAGCAGAGCCCGCGGAGUCCUCCACAGCCCGACAGGUCCUGAAGCUGCUCUUCUGUGCUGCUGGGCUGCAGGCCUCCUACCUGACGUGGGGCGUCCUCCAGGAGCGCGUGAUGACGAGGACGUACGGCGCCACCGAAACGGACCCCGGUGAGAAGUUCAAGGACUCCCAGUUCCUCGUCUUCAUGAACCGCAUCCUGGCCUUCACGGUGGCCGGGCUGUACUGCGCCCUGACCAAGCAGCCGCGCCACGGGGCGCCCAUGUACAAGUACUCCUUCGCCUCCCUCUCCAACAUCCUCAGCAGCUGGUGCCAGUACGAGGCGCUCAAGUACAUCAGCUUCCCCACCCAGGUGCUGGCCAAGGCCUCCAAGGUGAUCCCGGUGAUGAUGAUGGGCAAACUGGUGUCCCGCAAGAGUUACGAGUACUGGGAGUACCUGACGGCCGCCCUCAUCUCCGUGGGGGUCAGCAUGUUCCUGCUGUCCAGCGCUCCCCACCGGCACGCCUCCACCGUCACCACUUUCUCGGGCGUGGUGCUGCUGGCCGGCUACAUCGUCUUCGACAGCUUCACCUCCAACUGGCAGGACGCCCUCUUCACCUACAAGAUGUCCCCCGUGCAGAUGAUGUUCGGCGUCAACGUCUUCUCCUGCCUCUUCACGGUGGGCUCGCUGCUGGAGCAGGGCGCCCUGCUGGAGUCGCUGCGCUUCAUGGCCCGCCACUCGGAGUUCGCGGCGCACGCCGUGCUGCUGUCGGUGUGCUCGGCCUGCGGCCAGCUCUUCAUUUUCUACACCAUCAACCAGUUCGGCGCCGCCGUCUUCACCAUCAUCAUGACGCUCCGCCAGGCCUUCGCCAUCCUCCUCUCCUGCCUCAUCUACGGCCACACCGUCACCGUGGUGGGCGGGCUGGGCGUCGCCGUCGUCUUCCUGGCCCUCUUCCUCCGCGUCUACGCCCGCAGCCGCAUGAAGAAGCGCAGCAAGAAGCUGCCCGCCGGCGAGACCCCCGCGCAGAAGGUUUAGGCAGCCGGGGUCCCUCCGAGCUGUGCCCGCUGUCCCACCUCCACCGGGGGACCCCGCCGAGGAGCAGGGUUGGGGUAGGGGCAGGCGGGACCAGUGACUCGCUUUUCCAACUGCUUUUCCCAGGGAAGGGGCUGCGGCGAGGCCAGGCUGCCACAGCCCCAACCCUUUUUCUUUGCCUUAAUGGGUCAGAGGCUUCCAGCCGAGGCACAGGGGGAAACCAGCGCGGAGCUGCUGGUGCUCCUGCCCCGCCCGCGCCUCGUGGCGUCCCUCCAAGGUCAGAUUGAACAAGGGAGCUUUUUUUCCCCAGCCCCGUCUUGCCUCUGGCUGGCACGUCUCCACAUUUCGGUCACUACUCCAGGGCUCAGCAGGAGGAAGCAAAACACUAGCGCUGCCUUGGGGACAUCCCUACGACGAGGGAAGCACCGAGCUGAGCCUGUGCUGGGGCUGGGAGCAGAGGACAGAAGCUGCCAGCCCCUCCAGCCCCCUUCCCAGGAGGUGCUCCAGGUAGGACAGGCGCGGCUCUGAAGCAGCCCGUCCUACCCCAGGCCUGGGAUCUGCUCCAGGAGAGCUGGAGUCGAGGCCAGGACCUCAGAGUUUGGGUUCGGCAGUCCCUUGCCCCAGCUCCACGUCCCUUUUCGCAGCUGCCCAGGCUUGCUGAGCCCUGUAGGUUACUUUUCGGUUCCAGCCGCUGCUGUUACAGGCCAAAGGCCGCAGCGCCCAGAAGCCUGGGGGCACCUCCAGGCUGCUUCUGGGCUGCGUCAUUGCCCUUCGGAGAAGCACAACCACCACCCACCCUCCUCAUCAUUUUUCAUCAUUUUUUCCUUUCCCUGCCAACUGGAGGCACUGACCCCGGCUUUCUUAGGGUCUUGCCAGAGCCCCCCCAGUGCCUGGAGGCCUGCAGGAGGGGGCAGAGCCCGCUGCAGUGCCUUGUCCCUGCGCCGCAGGGGACGGAGCACGCGGGCACCAGCAGGGAAGGGGCAGGGGGGCCACUCCCAGCGCUCUUUUUUCCCCAGGAGCCCGGCAUUUCGUGGCUGCCCCCGGCCUCCCCCACACGAGCUGACUGAGAAGCCAGCAGGUUUUGGUACUUUUGAAAGGCAACUUUUUUUCCUCUAUUUUAUUAAAUUAAAGAUAUGCUGCAUAUAGUA